AUGUUGGAAUCGUCUGAGGAGCAGAAGCGGCGUUUCGAAUGCGAGUGCGAAUUUGUCCAGGCCCUAGCCAACCCAAACUACCUCAAUUUUCUAUCACAACGCGGCUUCUUCAAGGAGGAAUAUUUCAUCAACUACCUCAAAUAUCUGCUCUACUGGAAACGACCCGAAUACGCGAAAUGCCUCAAAUACCCGCAGUGUUUAUUCAUGCUCGAGGCUCUCCAGGAGGCCGAGUUCAGAAAGGCGCUGGAAUCUUGCGCGAACGCAAAGUACAUCGAGGACCAGCUGAUCUUCCAAUGGCUCUACUAUCUUCGCAAGCGCCAACGCCUAGAUGAACUUCCGGUGGAAGAGGAGCACGAGGAUGACGAGGAAGCGGAAGAAAGACCACCGGUGGAUGAUCAAAUAAUGGUGACGAAUUCACUGCUAGUCUUCAUUGCGGGUGUGCUCUCGGUCCAAUUGGUUUCUGGUGAAGGCGAUUCCGGGCAAUGCAGUCUGAAUCGAUUGGAUCGCUUCAACGCUUAUUUAUACGACAGAUGCCCAUAUACUACUGAUGAUGAGUGCUUUGAUGAUUCAUUGGACAAUCGUCUGGAGCUGCGUUAUCGCUGUUUUGAGUAUGUUGACAUAAAUUCGACGUUUGAUGAGGAGAUGCUGCUUCUAAACUCCAGCGAGAUGAUCAAAUUGUUGCGUUCCAGAGAACUUUAUCGAAGAUCGACGUGUCUAGUAGCAUUGUUCUACUCGCCGGGAUGCCCAUUCUCCGCCUCGUUGGCCCCUUAUUUCAACGCUCUUCCAUCGCUAUAUCCCAGAGUCACCGCUGUUGCCAUCGACGCCACCGAGUUUAGCAAGUUCAACUCGCGAUAUGGCAUCUCCGGAACGCCGACAGUCAUUUUAUGGGUGAAGGGCAUAGCGGUGGCUCGCAUGGAGGAGAAGACGCAUGUUGAUCGCGGACUCUCGGCCUUCGUGCGCUAUUGGACCGAUUUGGAACCAAGGGACACUUACGAGCCAAUUUACACGGGCCCUCUAGUAAUCGAGGUUGACAGAAAUGCAAAUUUUCCCUACCUACUGGGUGCUUGGGCUGUCAUCAUUGCAGGCUCGACCUAUUACUUUUUGAACUCAAGACGGGGACAAGAAUUGAAGGACUUCAUUCUGCGUAUGCUGGAGCGACCCGAUGAUGCUGCC